UAUUUAUCAGCAAGUGCUUUAUUAUCAAAAUAAUUAAGUAUGGUCAUUAAAACGAUGCUGAAACAAUAGUGACUUAAGACCUCCUACGUAUGUGGGUCCCUCAAGAAGAAGACUGGGAACCUCCGUCCAUUCAACAGAGGAGAGGAGAGGAGAGGAGAGGGAGAGGAGGGAGGAAGAUGAAGUCAGGAGAGACAGAGCAGGAGAAAGACUCGGAGGUGAGGAGGUUGUGAGCAGCAAAGCUGCUCCGGACUAUCGCAGUGAAGCGACAUGUCCGCGGUCAGUCACACCGACCGCGGGGCGUGCAGGAGGCGUUGAGGGAGGCUAUGGAUAUGCCGGGGAAUGUCUCCCCGUGGAAGGACCGGACGGACCACGGGCCAGAGCAGAGCCACCAGGCAGCGCGUCCUGCGUGGGCAGUCACGGCGCUAGCCAGCGUGCUGAUCUUCACCACUGUGGUGGACGUUCUGGGAAACCUGCUGGUCAUCGUGUCCGUGUUUAGGAACCGUAAACUACGAAAUGCGGGAAACGUCUUUGUGGUGAGUCUGGCCUUCGCUGACUUGGUGGUGGCGUUCUACCCCUACCCUCUGGUGUUGUACGCCAUCUUCCAUGAUGGCUGGUCACUAGGAGAGACCCAGUGCAAGGUGAGUGGCUUCCUCAUGGGCUUAAGCGUCAUUGGAUCCAUCUUCAAUAUAACAGGAAUCGCCAUCAACCGCUACUGUUACAUCUGCCACAGCUUCAGCUACGACAAGCUGUACAGCUACCGCAACACGCUGCUGCUGGUGGCGCUCAUCUGGCUGCUCACUGUUCUCGCCAUCGUGCCCAACUUCUUCGUUGGCUCGCUGCAGUACGACCCGCGCGUCUACUCGUGCACAUUCGCGCAGACGGUCAGCACCUCCUACACCAUCACAGUGGUGGUCAUCCAUUUCUUCGUGCCAAUCACCGUGGUCACCUUCUGCUACCUGCGCAUUUGGAUCCUGGUCAUCCAGGUGAGGCGCAAGGUCAAGUCAGAGGUUCGCCCUCGCAUCAAACCCAGCGACCUGAGGAACUUCAUCACCAUGUUCGUGGUGUUUGUGCUGUUUGCCAUUUGUUGGGCGCCGCUUAAUUUCAUCGGGCUUGUUGUUGCGAUAGACCCUGAAGCAGUGGCACCUCACAUCCCGGAGUGGCUCUUUGUGGUCAGCUACUUCAUGGCUUACUUCAACAGCUGCCUUAAUGCUGUCAUUUACGGCCUGCUCAACCAGAACUUCCGCAGGGAAUACAAGCGGAUCGUCAUGUCGGUGUGGAUGCCACACCUCUUCUUCCAGGAGACGUCGCGGGGGGGCACUGAGGGCAUGAGGAGCAAACCCUCGCCGGGUCUCAAUAACAAUGAACAAAUGAAAGGAGAAAGUGUCUGACACUGUUUUUCCUCCUUGUUCACACUCUUAUCUCGACAGUGCCAAAGCAAUUAACUCUGGUCAUACAGAGUGACAGAGGACUAAGAUUUAUAAGUUAGCAUAUUGGCUACAAUAGCUGUGUUAUCCAGUCUGUCAAGAGUGCCAUUCACGAAAGCUAUGGCUCAUCAAAAUAUGGUGUGAACAGGUUUUUAUAUGCUCAGCCGUCACCUGGAUUUCACGUCUUUUUUUCUUCUUUUUUUUUGCAUAAAACACACCAGAGACGGCAAGUAAGGCGUCAGGAUCAAUUCUCUUUUUUACACAAACUGUGAGGAUGAAAAUGACAUUUAUAAGCUCAUUUACAUAACAAUGAUCAAGCGCUAGCAAGUGUGUGACCUGUCGGAUAAACACAGUGGUCAGAACCUGAUUUAUACUCCUCUUUAUACAUACGUUUGUGUCCCACGGUUCAUGAUGAAAGGUCUCCAUGGAGACGGUGAAUAGAAACCACACUGCAUGAUACAUUUGUGACGAAAGUAUGAGGCAACUUCUUUUUCUGUCUUUCUGUUACUUGAUAGACUCAAGCAUUGCAUGGCGGAGUAUAAACCAGGCUCAAUAGUUCUACCUCAGGAGCAGAGCCCUAACUGGGACCAGGAAUGAGACGUAAGCUUGGUUUUCCCUGGAACUACUGCACGGGGACCAGGCUCUUAAUUAAUCCGGGUAAAUGUUUAACUCCUAGUAAGUCUCUGCAUGGGAACUAGUUCUCUUUGAAAGUUCAGGUAUCAUUAGGUCAGGGUUUGCAUCGCUGAACAUGACUGCACGGUUGUGCUCCGGUGUUUUAUUUAAGAUCCCUUGUAAAAACUAUCAUAGUAAUCUCCUCACAUUAAAAUGCCAGCAUUUCAGGAGUUUUGAAUUUGCUUUGUUAGGGGAACUCUUUUUUUGUUUUUCUGAAGCAGCCGUAGCACCACUAGAUUUAUAACAAUGUUCCUUAUUCAUGACCUUGUUCAGUCUUCCACAGUAACACCGUCUGGUGGACUGGAAUGAAUCUCCCCUGAUGCAAACACAAACAAUUGUCUGCAACAACGUUUCGCUCAGUAGUUCUCAAACGGAAGCUGUCUCUCACUGCCAGAGGGUUUUUGUAAAGGUUCAUUUAAUAAAAUGAUGGAUACAUUUUCCAAGGGAAAUAACAUUAUAUGGACAAAAGUGUUUGGCCGCACCUUUGAAUUCAGUUAAGAAUUUAAUUCAGGCUUUGGGCUCUAAACCCCUUCUCUUCACUCUUCACUCGUCACACUUCAGCAUACCAACACUCUUUGGACUGUGCUAUGCUUCCAACUUUGUGGCAACACUUUGAGGAAGGAACAUGAUUGUGUCCCAGUGCACAACGCAAGGACUAUGAAGACGUUUUUGUUUGACUUUGAGUUUGAUGUGGAAGAACUUGACUGACCUGCACAGAACCCUGACCUCAACCCCAUCGAGCGCCUUUAGGAUGAACAGAAAUGUUCUACAGAAUGAACAAAAACACUUCAAAAUCUUGUAACUCCAUAUUUAAGUACUGUAUAUGUAUUUGAAUACAUCAGUAAUGGUCAGGCGUCCAAAUACUUUUGUCCAUAUCGUGUCCAUUUUUACUUCCUUAAAAUGUUCCUGGGAAGUUUCAGGUACUUUUACUUUAAAAUGCAGCAAUAUACCAUUUUCUUUGGAACAGGGACAUCAGGGUAGGUUCCAGAGUUAAUGUAAGGGUUUAAUGGAUUUUUAUUAUUAUUAUUAUUAUUAUUAUUAUUAUUGUUUAUUUCAUCCUGCAUUUUUCCAAAGCUGUGAAUUUCAUGUUUUUGUAUAGUAAGCUUAGUAAAAUAGGCUAAAUGGAUUAGCCCUAAACGUGUGUCAUAACUGUACGUGUCGAGUUGUGCGCACCUCAGGUCGCCUGCCUCCUCUAAUGUGUGAGCAAAAAUGUGUCGAAAGUGGAGGCGUCAAGAGAUUAGUCAUUUGUGUGAUUCAUGACGUCCACAGUGUCUUCAUUAUCCUUAUGGAUUUCUGUGCUGUACUCGUCACGUGCUACUGUGUCAUGUGUUUGACGCAGUCGUUUUUAAACUAUACUGUGUGUCUUUAACUUGUGUUCUCUGAUAUUUAUAACUACAGGUUAAAUGCACGACUCCAUCACAGACGGCGCUCACUUUUUGUUCCUCAUUGAAGCCUCAAAUUUCUAAGGGACAUUUCUGCCGUUUUCUCAAAGGUGCCUGAUUUAAUUUUUCAUCGCCUCAAAAUAAAAAUCAAACCAAAAAACGACACCACGCUGACGGACGGUUACUGUCAUUUCUCAGUGUUCGUGCUGAAUGGGAAGCCAGACUGACGGACAUAUUUCAUCCAGGACUGGACAUAAACAUGAAGAUACAAUAUGUUCUACUUCUGACAUCUUUGCUUGUUGCAUUCCUUAAGCCUUGAUUUCUGUUUGUUUGAAGGAGGAAUACAUGAACAGUCAUUUAUGUACUAAUAAUAAUAACUGUCGUGUAGGUUUUUUUUAUUGCAUAGCACACAGUAGAUAUUGAUCCAUUGCUCCCUCUGUCAAUACGUUUUUUGGUGAUUUCAGUGUUUGAAAUCUUUCAUUCAAGAAGACCCGGUCAGAUUAAGGGCCUUUCUGCCUGGAGUUUGCAUGUUCUCCUGUUUCCUCCCACAGUCCAAAAACAUGCAGAUUUGGGGGACUAGGGGAACCUGUCUUUCACCCUAUGUCAGCUGGGAUUGGCACCAGCAUCUCCUCCCCCCUAUGACCCUCAUGUGGAAAAUAAAGCAGUAGAAGAUGAAUUAAUGAAAUCUUUCAUUCAGAUUUACCCGAGUGACACAAAACUGCAGAAACGGGAGUGGAGCAGCAGCUCCUGUGUCCCAGAUUCUCUCUUUGGACUAUGGUGUUCCAGUUAAAGGCUGUGUGUGACACCUAUUGUUGACUUGAACAGAUUUUUAUCAGAUGAGCCUUUAGUUAAUCAGCAUAAAUCUGUUCUUUCCCUGUGUCCCGGCUGGCAGCCAUGAUUUCAGUGACGGUGGACAUGGACUGUAUUUCUCAGGCUGAUUCUCAGAGACAAAUGUUUGGUCGUACAUUCGGUGAAGUCAGGGCCAUCAAUGGCUCAGUCAGUGUCACACAAUCACACUUGGAAAACUUUUUUUUUAACAGUAUCUUAAGGGGACUGAGGCUUUUGUCUAAGCAUUCACUUGUGAUGUACGCAACCUGCAAGAACUGUAAGAUAAGUGAAGAAGUAACUCAAAUGACCUCUGGGCAACAGAGUGUCCAGUUUGGUCGGUGAAAGUGGGGAAAAGGAAAACGCAUCGAAGUAAUGUUUACGAUAGUAACGUUUAAAAAUAAAACUGUUGAUAUGGAGCGACACAUAGUUUACAAUAAAUAAACAUACAGAAAUAAGUCAUAACUUGUGUUAAGACUUGAGUGUCGGGCCGCAUUAAAAUUGAUUGGGGGACAACAUGUGGCCCGCGGGCCGCAGGUUUGGAACCUCUGAUAUACAGCAGCUAGCAUCUAUACACCCAGUGUGGACACAGUUAAACUGCACACAAGAAAACCAACUUGCUUGUGACUUUGGUCUGCACUCACCUGUGGUCAGCAGUGCUUAUAAACCCAUGCUUUGUCAACUGUGUGUGUGUGUGUGUGUAUACAGUGCAGUAUAUAUAUAUAAACCUUCUUCAGUAUAAAGCAAACAAAACCCUGAAGGUAUAUAAAAGCACAAUUUUCUAUGAAGCCUGGGUGACAGUGUACUUCCUGUAAUAUGCAGUUUCCUGGCUUUAAUCUUAGUAAAGUUGUAUCUUAGUAACAAUGAUGAGAAUCACCACUGUCUCUAUGCAUUUCUCUCUCUUUGUUCCAUAUCAUGACCAGAGAACAAGGCUGCAAAAGAGGUUUUUCUCAAUUCUUGUCAAUAUUGCAACUAAUAUUUCUAUCCAGUCGAUCUUAGUAAAGAAAACAGAAGUUAAAAAAAAAAAAAAGAAGCCAGUGAGUCAGCAUUUGCAGGCUGAUCUCCAGGCGUGUGUUGUAUUUUAAGAUGCUAAAAACAAUGUGCAUGCAUUUUAUUUUUUACUGAGCUUUUGUGUUAAAUAAUUCUUUAUGACCUCCUUGAUGGUUUUGGUUCAAGUGAUGUUUCUGUCUGUAAAAGUUGCUGCUAAGCAUGUGAUGAUGAUGAUGAUGAUGAUGAUGAUGAUGAUGAUGAUGAUCAAAAUAUGGACCUGAUGCUGCAUAUUGAAUCUGCUGUAAAUAUAAUAAUAAUUAAAGGAUGAAAAGUCUUUAAAGGAGCACCAAACAACUUUGAAUAUCACUUUUGUUUAUU